AUGUCCGCUUACGGAGUCCCUACUGCUGCUGCUGCUGCUCACAGCCCCCACACGCCUUUUAUACCCGCAAGUGCACAGGCGCAGCAAGGAACAACUACCUCCGUGUACAGCACAAACUCAGCAGCAUUUUCAAGCCCCUUUGCAGAUCCAACCAAAAAGACAGGAUUUACCCCUCCUCAGCAGUACGAUGCAGCCAGCGCAGCAGACCCUCAAACAUACCCUCACCUGGCGGCGUAUGCAGGCGUUGAUGUCUAUCAGCAUGCUGCUGCUGUCAGCAACACAAGCGCAGCAGCGCAGCAGCAGAAGCAGCAGGAAGGCUCCGCCUUCCAGCCUGCCAUGCCUCCAAGCAGCACCGCCUACGGCUCCGCCUUGCAUAGUUCUUCGGUUCUAGCGCAGCAGCAGCAGCAGCCCCAGCAGCCGCAACAGCAGCAACAACAGCAGCCGCAGCAGCCCCAACAGCAGCAGCAGCAGCAACAGCAGCAGAUGACGGCAUCUGAGGAGGAGGCAAUGGCCUGCACACAGGAAAUAGCGCAUGCAUUCGUUUAUCAGUAUUAUUUAAUGCUACAUGAAAACCCUAGGGAUAUCUACCGCUUCUAUGACGAGGACUCGAAGCUUCGAAGAGUAAGCGAUCGUAACUCUGCAGAGACAGAGCGUUGGAGUGUACGUGCAGCUGGUUUGUCUGCAAUAGUUGCUGCAUUUGAGCAGCUGCAGCUGCAGCGCCCUACAUGUUUAAUACGAGAUAUUGAAGCAGAAGAAGCAGAGAACGGGGGCAUCCUUGUCCUCGUUACUGGCUGCCUCAAGCAUACACCCGAUUCAGAAGCAAGAGAAUUUGCUCAGACCGUCUUGCUCGCCAAGAUGAAGCCCCCAAGAGCUGGCUGGUAUGUGCAUACGGAGAUGUUUGUUUACCUCGAUGCGGUCGCAUCAGAAGCAGCAGAAAAAGCUGCUGCUGCUGCAGAGGUGAAGAAGGAGCAACAGGCAGAGGUGCAGCAGCAGCAGCAGCAAAACAAAGCAGACCGCCGGCAGCAGCAGCAGCAACAGCAGCAGCAGCCGCAACAGCACGCCGAACAUGAGAGGAAACGACAGGAAGAGCAGCACUUAGAGCACCAAAUGCAGCAGCAGCGACAGCAGCAGCAGCAGCAACAGCAACAGCAGCCUGAGGCGGCGGGUGAGGCUGGAAGAGCAGCUGCUGCCAGUGCAGGUGCCCCUGAGGAGGAGCCAGCAGCAGCAGCAGCAGCUGAACAGCAGCAGCAGCAGCAACCUGUAGGGUCAGAGGGAGCAGCAGAGGGGAGCAGGCAUGGAGGCGCAGAUACCCAAGGAGCGCAGCAGCAAACCCAGCAGCAGCAGCAGCAGCAGCCCAAAGCAGCACAAAAGAGCCGCAGCAGCAGCAAGUGGCAGCGACAGGAAGAAGUGGAUAGGCAAGAGGAGUCCCCUCACUGGCCUAAGCCCGGACAGGCCCCACAGAAGGUUCCUUCUGCUGCCGAGCAGCAACGACAGCAGCAGCAGCAGCAGCAGCAGCAGAAGACCAAGCAGCAGCAGCACAACUAUGACCCGCAGAGCUUUGCGUACAAAGUGCUGCAGAACGUCCGCCCAGUGGCACAGAGGGGCUUCGCUGUCCCCGCACCUUCUUCGGUGGAGACAGCACAAAAGCCGAAUGGGCGCGUGCCUCAAGUUGAGCAAGGAAGCAGCAGCAGCAGCAGCAGCAGCAGCAAUCAGCAGCAGCAACAGCAGCAGCAGCAGCGGCGAUUGAUAGUGUUGGGAGAGAUUCCUGGUUCUAUGACAGGGGAAGAUUUUAAGAAUUGCGUAGCUGAGGCGCUAAAGAAUUUCAAUAGGGGGAGGUGUACAGACACCCGAAGGCCCAACGGGCGUUCUUUCGGGGUUUUGUUUGAAGUUGAUUCUGCUCAAAGUGCUUCAUAUCUUAUUGAUCACGGCCUUAAUGUUGGCGGCAGAACUCUGCGCGUUGACUUCGUACGGCCUCGUGGGAACGGCGCCCGUGGGGGUCGUUCAGCAGGAGGAGGUCGAGGUGUGGGGCGGGGUGGGAUGGGGAUCGGGAUCGGAUCCCAGGGUCAAGAGGAGGCGGCGGGAGACGAAGGCGAGGGCCAGUGGACCGACCCCACAAUGAAACGGAGAAUGCGAGGAGGCAAUGUAGCAGCAGCAGCAGCAGCAGGAACAGCAGCAGCAACAGGAGCAGCAGCAGCAACAGGAGCAGCAGGCGGAGGAUGGGGGAGGGGUAGGGGAGGAGGAGGGGGUAUAAGAGGGGGCCAAAGAAACUACAUGAAAAAUGAAUAA